AUGAGGAUACUAUCAAUAUUCUUCUCUCUGAUUUUGCUCUCGUACAGCAAAGUGCUAGGCUCACGUCGUCAUCGACAACCUGCCACAGAAGGUGAAAUUCAUGCUCUAUUGGUGGCUGGUUCGAAUGGCUGGUAUAAUUAUCGUCAUCAGGCGGACGUUGGUCAUGCAUACCAUACCCUGAAGCGCCACGGCCUUGCUGAUGAAAACAUUAUAGUAAUGAUGUAUGACGACAUCGCCCACAACAAACAGAAUCCGUAUCCUGGCAAAAUGUACAACAGACCACACGGAGACGAUAUCUACAAAGGACUGAAAAUUGAUUACAAAGGCUCCUCAGUUACGCCUAAGAAUUUUCUCAACAUUCUCAAGGGCAAUGCAAGCGGUGUUGAAGGAGGAAAUGGAAGGGUUAUUGAAAGCAACCCGAAUGAUCGGAUUUUUGUCUACUUCACUGACCAUGGAGCCGUGGGCCUCAUAGCGUUCCCGGAUGAGAUGUUGACUGUGAAAGAACUGAACAGUGCCCUGAACUGGAUGCACUCCAAUGAUCGCUACAAUCAGCUGGUAUUCUACCUGGAGUCCUGUGAAAGCGGUUCGAUGUUCGAGAAUGUUCUGAAGAGCACCAUAAAUGUAUACGCGAUAACGGCAGCAAACUCUCACGAGUCUUCGUGGGGCACGUACUGUGAGAACGACAUGCGGCUACCAUGCCUCGGCGAUCUGUUCUCGGUGAAUUGGAUGAAUGAUUCAGAUAAGGUAAAAUUUGUACCGUCUCAUGCUUGGGAGGGGCAUAUUAGUGAAGUUUAG